UGACUUCUGAUAACCCUGUCCCUACCCAAGCAAUACCGAUAACUUCAAAAAUUAAUUACAAAUUUACAAUCAUUAAAAUCAUUAAAAUAAUCAUUCAACUUUUAAAAUUAAUGCCUUUUUUUCUUUGAUGAUCAUCAUCUUUUAUCAAUUAACCUUCCUUUCUUGAUUCUUUCUUUUCUUCUAAAUCUUUAUUUCCUUCCUUCACUUUAUUUACUAUUUAUAAACAAACACAACAUUCUAGAAUCUAUAAGCAGUUUCCCGAAUUCUUCCACCUUUGGUAAUCAUCUUUUCUGUUCUUUUCUUCCUGUAAAUUUUUAAUUACAACUUUCUUGCAUACAAGAAGCCUACUUUUUUUCUGGGUAUUUUUUUUUCAUAUUUUUCCCAUGUUUUUCGUGAUUUUGUUGUUAUUUUCAUCAUUAAAUUGUUGAUUGUACAAAUGAACAAUGAAUAAAGAAAUGGGUUGUUUUCAAUGUUCAAGAAUCUUUCUUGAAUGAUGAAAAUUAUGAAUGGGUAGUUUUCAAGGAAGAUUGUGAUGGGUAGAGUUGGUAAACUUGUUCAAGAUUCAUUCUUUAUCAAGAAUUAUUGAUAACUUUUGCAAGUUACAAUCUUUUUUUCUGUGGGUGAAAAGAAUAUGUUCUUGAAAGUUCCAUAUUACUAUGAUGAUCUCUCAACUGUUUAAAGGGUAUGAAUAUGAAUAUCAAUGGAUUCCAUGUACUUCUAUACUAUUUGGUAUUGUCACCUGCAAAUUGGUAUAUGAUUCAUCUCAUUUGAUUAGUGCUACUUGCUUCAAACACUAUUCCAACUUUCCUAAGUUGAAACAAAUUGAGUGGAAUAACAGGGCUAUAUCAACUCUACAUGCAAUCUUUAGCACGGCGUUGUCUAUCUAUUUGGCAUUCUGGUCUGAUCUCUAUUCGGAUGACUUACAACGUGGGCCUGUCUUGUAUCGAAGUUCAAAUCUGUCGACAUUUGUAUUAGGGGUUUCAGUUGGAUACUUCCUUUCAGAUCUUGCCAUGAUUUUUUGGUUUUAUCCUGCUUUAGGUGGAUUGGAAUAUGUACUUCAUCAUUUUCUAUCGAUGGGAGGACUUGGAUAUUCUAUGUUAACUGGGCUCGGGCAAUUCUAUGCCUAUAUGGUUCUUCUUUCCGAGACAACGACGCCCGGGAUCAAUUUGAGAUGGUAUCUCGACGCAGUUGGGAUGAAAAAAUCAAAAUCCUAUUUGGUUAACGGAGUGGCUAUAUUCUUAACUUGGCUGGUUGCACGGAUUCUUCUAUUUAUGUAUGUGUUUUACCACAUCUAUUCUCAUUACGGCCAGAUAAAACAGCUUCCGGAUUUGGGCUAUUUCCUGAUUUUGAUUGGUCCGUGCAUUCUUGGAUGCUUGAAUAUGAUGUGGUUUACGAAGAUUACGAAAGGAAUGAUCAAAACACUAACAGUAAAGCACGAUUGAAGAAGGACAACAUCGCACUCGUUACUCCAGCAACUGUACAGAUCAGGCUGAAGCAAAUAGUCAUACCGAUGGAAAAUCUCUACUUUCCUGGUGUGUCGACUAUGCUAGAUGACGUACAGAUCAGGGUGAAGCAAAAAAUCAUUGUACAAGCGAAUUACACGGAUGUUUUUUUUACCGUUAACGCGAUCAAAAGAUUAAAGAAAUUUAUGGGUUCAAAGUUAUAGCUUCCUCUGAAGAAUAAGUCUGGCCCUGUAUUUCUUGGAUGUAUAUAUUUUUUUUAUGGAUUAUUUUUUAUGUUAAAGGUUGGUUUGUGGUGGAUUUUCAUGUAUUAUGUUCAACAUCAAGUGAAAUUCUCACAUUUUAUCAAAAUGGAAGUUAGUUUAUUUGAUA